CUUGCCCUUAGAUUAAAUCCACAGGCUGCUGCUUCCUAUCUCUUUCCUGCACUUGUAAGCACCUUCACGAUUUUACCACAACACCCACACAUAGGUCACGGGUGGUGAAUGGUGAUGGGCAUUUUCGCCAUAUGCCAACGUAAAUACAUGGUCAUAUCAUAUGUGCGUCUUGUUUGUUUUACUUUUCGCUUUUGGGGUAAGUUUCUGGUGAAAAUUUGUAACUUGUCUCAUGUUUUUCCAACGGUGUUAGUUUCAUGUCAAAUCAGAAUCCAUCCCCAUCCUAGUCGUUACUGGGUAGGGUAGUGUGUGUGAGAGUGAGAGGGGUUAAUUGUUAAAGCAAGAAAAACGAAAAAGAAAAUGUGUGUGUUGUAUUUAAGGAACUCAUCAUCAUGAAUAUAGAUAGAGUGAAGAAAAGGGAAGACACCGCGGCAAAGCAAUUGAAAUUGAAAGUGAAAUGGAGGAUAAGUUAUCGAGCGUGGCAAAGAGUUUUGCACCAUCGCCCAUUCAGGAACUAUCCCAUCUUGCCCAGAGAUGCAACGCCAUCAACCUCGCCGAAGGCUUUCCAGACUUCCCUGCACCUUCCCAUAUCAAAUCCGCUGCCAUUUCCGCUAUUCAUUCCGACUUCAAUCAAUACAGGCAUGCACCUGGAAUAUGUGACCUCCUGGCAAACAUAAUGAAGCAAAUCCAUGGAUUGGAUGUCAACCCUCUUACUGAUAUAGCUAUUUGUUGUGGCCAAUCUGAGGCCUUGGCGGCAGCUGCCUUUGCAAUAAUAGACAAGGGUGAUGAAGUUGUACUGUUUGACCCUUGCUAUGAAACAUAUGAAGGAUGCAUUAAGAUGGCUGGGGGAGUCCCAGUAUACGUCGCUCUUGACCCACCUCAGUGGACCUUGGACCCUAACAAAUUCAUCAACUCUUUCACUGGGAGAACAAAAGCUGUAGUACUCAACAGUCCUCACAACCCAACUGGCAAAGUAUUCACUAAAGAUGAACUUGAGAUUAUUGCUGGAGAAUGCCGCACCAGGAAUUGCCUAGCUAUAACAGAUGAAGUAUAUGAGCAUAUAACCUUCAACAGUGAGAAACAUAUAUCCCUUGCAUCAUUUCCAGGAAUGCAAGAGCGGACUAUUAUCACGUCUUCCUUAUCUAAAACGUUCAGUGUAACAGGUUGGAGGGUCGGAUGGGCAAUUGCUCCAGCUUUCAUUGCAUCUGCAAUCAGAAACAUUCAUACUAAACUUACAGAUUCUGCUCCAGCACCUUUCCAAGAAGCUGCCUUGACUGCUUUGGGAAGCCCCCCUGAAUACUUUGAAUCAUUGAGAAGUGAUUAUGAAUCAAGACGAGACUACAUUGUCAAUUUGCUAACCAGAGUUGGCUUUAAGAUUCAGUUCAAGCCUCAGGGUGCACUCUUUUUGUUUGCAGAGCUACCUGAAAAUUGCAAACUUUCUGAUGUAGAUUAUGUUAAAAUGUUAAUACAGACUGCAGGGGUUGUGGCUGUGCCAGGAUGUGGAUUUUUUCACACACAUUUGUCUCGGGAGAAAUUUUCUCUGGGAGGUUACAGCUAUCAGGAGAGGUACAUUAGGUUUGCUUUCUGUAAAAGUGAUCAGACUUUGGCUUCUGCUGCGAAAAGACUUGGAGAGCUUAUUGAUGCUACAGGGUGUCUCAAUCCGCAAUGACUCGGAAGGAAGAAUAACUCAAAUUUGUGUACUUGACAUUGAGAUGAUAUUGGAAGAUAGAACUUCACUGAGAAUAAUGUAAGCUCAUCUUAUUAUACUGAACCUGCAGAAAAAUCAUCAGACCUUUUUGGUAGUAAUCU